UAGCCUUUGCCUUUUGUGUUAUAGCCUGGUUGAGAUAUGUCGCAUGUCCAUAUGAUUUUUGUCAUUAGGUUGGUUUUCAUGAUUGCACACGUGACUGAAACCGAUAUGCGAUUUUUCCCGCAUGUCCUCGCCACGCGCGAGAGAAUCGACAGCUGCUUCUGUGUAGAAUCCAGGGAUUAGUCAUGCAACCGUAGUAGGCUACACACCUCAUCAUCCUUCUCACCGAGACCAUCAUCAUACGGCGCUGCUGAUCAUUUAAGCAGGAGGACAAGAGUGUCUGCGAAUUAGAUUUAUUUUAUGUUAGUGUGGUACGCUAUCCGAGGUGAAUGAGUUAUCCGGUUGCGGUUCUUGCGGUGCUGGCCGCUUGCCUUUGCGGUGUGCCUCUCCCGGUGGCUUGUAGUGACCAUCUAAAUUACAGACCAAUCAUUGGAGUCCUGGCCCAGGAGAACAUAGUGGGAGACCCUCAUGCUCAGGGAUCCUCCUACAUCGCUGCUUCCUAUGUAAAGUACCUGGAGAGCGCUGGAGCCAGGGUUGUCCCCAUAAGAAUAAACAGAACAGAUGAAGAGUAUGAGAAGAUAUUUAACUCAAUAAAUGGGCUGCUGCUACCAGGAGGGGAUGUAGACCUGCAGACGUCCCAGUUCAGUCGACUGUCAAAGAUCUUCUAUGAUCUGGCUAUCAAGGCCAACGACGCGUCGGAUUACUUCCCCAUAUGGGGCACGUGCCAGGGCUUCCAGCAGAUGACAGUACUGACCAGCAACAAGAACCUUCUGACUCUGACAGAGACCAAGGCUGUGGCCCUGCCUCUCACAUUCACCCCAGCAUCCCAGAACAGCCGCCUGUUCAAGGCCUUUCCCAGAGACCUGCUCCAGUCUCUGUCAGAAGACAACAUCACCUCCAACUUCCACAGCUGGAGUCUAUCGCUACAGAACUACAGCCGGAAUUCCAAACUGAAACGUUUCUACAAGGUUCUGACCACCAACACAGACGGAAGGAGACAGUUCAUUUCUACCAUGGAAGCGAAUCGCUAUCCGUUCUAUGCUGUCCAGUGGCACCCUGAGAAGAGUCCCUUUGAGUGGGUAGAUAAGCCAGGCAUGGUCCACUCUGCUGCCUCCAUCAGAGCAUCCUUCUACACAGCACACUUCUUUGUCUCCGAGGCCAUGAAGAAUCAUCACAAGUUCUCUUCAGCCAGUGAGGAGGAGAGGGCUCUCAUCUACAACUAUGCUGCUGUCUUCACAGGUCUGGAUGGUAUAUUCGUGCAAAAUUAUUAUUUUGAUUAGAUUUACAAUUGAUUCUAGUCUAUGUACCUUUGCUAAUGUAAAACAACUGUAUGUACUUUCUGUGAAAUUUACAUUUGUAUUUGAGCUCUGAUUGUAGCUGUAAAAACUAUUGUUGGAAUCAGUGGUUAUUGCAGUUGAUGCAAGUUGUUGCUUUUGUAUGAUAUUAUUGUAAAAAGGUUACCCUUUUUGAUGUGAUUUCAAGUCUUGAGAACUUUGUAUUGUUUUUAAAAUGUUUGUUUAAAUGUUAUACCAUUAGAUGUUAUGAUGCAGUGUUUUAUUAAUGGGAAAAUAUGUCAAUUCUACUGCCUUCCAUGUGAGAACCAUUACAACAACAUGACUGAAACAAACAGAGCAAAACUGCCUGCACACAAAUCUUUAUGAAAUCAGCUUUUUUUAUGCAUAGAAAAGUCUUGGUCUAAGGGUUUUUCGGAAUGGUAAAACGUUUUCAGUGUAAACUUAAACAACUAAAACCAGAUCUAAAGAAUGUAGAAAAUAUAAUAGACCUAUAUAUUUUUAAUAACUAACAUUCACCAAAAUAAAAGUUAGCCUGGGAGAAUUAAAAAUUCCCCAAAUGAUGCAUUCAGGAAUAUGUUUGUCAUGGCAUGGGGCCAUUUUGUUAUAACAUUUGAGUCACUCAUAUAGCAUAAGCCAUGUCGAAAUGUGUAGAAUUAGCUUUAAAACUACACAUUUUUCUCUCAGCCCAUGGAAAGAUAUGUAGAAUUGCAGGAAAUUUGCUUUAAAACUGCAACAUUUUAUCUCCGCUACAUGGCAAAAUGUGAAGAAUUUGCUUUAAAAACACCCACCGCCUAAGCCCCAUUUGGAUCCAGAAAAAACCCUGGAAAUACAUUAACACAUUUUUAGAUGUGAUGAACCACAAAAGUGUUUUUUUAUUGUUAACUCACCCAUGUGUCAAAUGGACAAUAAAGCAAACAAAACCUUGUUGA